AUGCGCCCAAAGCCCAGCCGCGUGCGUGUUGCUGGUGGCUCGAGCGCUUGGCAACUUGAUUCGAUGACCUGGGGGCUUGGCGCUGCGCUUUUUCCCGAUCCGCAUUUUGAUACUUGGCUCGACGCCACGAGACCGGUGAGCUGGGCGAUCCAGAUCGCUGCUCAGGUGCUGCCUGGUAUGUACGAGGCAAUGAUGCUGCUGGUAACUGGUGCUACGCGAAAGACUAUAUCGCAUACUGCAUGGCUACAAUCUGAAGAUGAGGACAAAGAGGCCAUAUGCCACACGCACUCGUGUGCGUGCGAAAAGCAUCCUUCGAAAUUGCUCGAACAUCCACCUGAACAAGCUUCCUUGGCUUGGCUAUGCGCGCCUGUCGAUCCUCUCACCAGCGCGGCUCGCUUACGUUGCAUCUACGUAGACGCUAUUGAUGGUCCUGCAGCAGCGCGAUAA